CUUCUCUCUCUAGCCUCUCUCUCUCACCCUCAACAUCUUUGCCUAUUAAUGCCGCCCUUUGAACAUUCCCCCCUCACAACUCCAACCAUAUUUUAUUUAGAACACUUCUCCCUACAGACAACAAAGGCUAAUUAAGAGUCUACUUGAAAGAUUAGAUAUAUGGCUAUGGAAGUGGCUACGGAACUUGAGCUUGAUGAUGAUGUCUUCUAUGCAGACAUAAGCAAGCAAAUCAAUCUCUUAAUCACAGAUGAAGAUGAACAGAACCCUAUCUCACUUUCCUCUCCUAUCUCAUUCCAGGGUUUGUUCAGAGAAAACUACCAAGCAUCAGCAACACCAUAUAUGAUGUACCAUGAGCAGAAUUACAACCAAGUUAAAGAGAGCAAAGGGACAGGAGUGUUCAUCCCCAGAUGUUCUCAGCCAAGAAGGAGACAACAUAAUCAUCCUCAUCAGAAGAAGCAAGGGAGAUUCGGUUCCCUCACCCCCAAGCAACAGUAUCCUGAUCAUGUUUAUGACAACAACAACUCCACAACUUUCAACAACGUAGAAAGCAUCACCCUACAUCAUGCAGCUUCUACUAACCAAAGAAGAACCUACAGAGAUGCAGCAUCUUUCUUCACUUAAGUCUCAAUCAAGAUUCAAGACAUGGAUUUGUGUCAUUUUAAUUUCGUAUUAUAUAUUGAUUAUUGAUAUUUAUAGAUUUUGUGUUUGUAAAAUCAGCAAAUAAUAAGAAUGAAGGAGGAACCAUCAAUCUAAAGGGAUUUGGUGUGAUUAAUGAAAUUGUCUAGAGAGAUUAAUUACCUCACA